CCUCUCUGAGACACUACUAAGAUUUUGUCAAAAUCGUGUUCUUCUUUAAUGCAGGAAGAAAUUUGGUUUUACUCUACCAGGUUGUUCUGGUGGUCUUUUGCGAGGAGGUAGCAGUAGACAAUCACAGUGAAGAGACUUCACAAUCAACAAAGCUGGGGAAAUGUGUAUGACCCACAGCAAAUCUGGAGUGCUUGCAAGCCACCACUUCAUUAUUAUUGACAAUUAAAGGGUGAGAUGGGAGGGCUGAUGGGUGGGUCAUAAAACGAAAUUCCAAAGCAUAAAAUUGUGCAAUUUGUGAAGACCGCCGAAACUUAAUUGAGUUGUCCUUUGGCAGAAGCGCCACAGAGGGUUGGGCUCGGCGGGCUGCCAGACCGGCUCUCUCUCCUGGACAUCAUGUGACAUGGGGGAAGUGCCCUGCAUUUCUAAUCAUAUAAGGCUACAGCCUAUAAGUUCAAAAACGGGCUUAUCUCAGUCGAACCAACCGCCGGGCUCCAAGCUCUAGCUGUCCCCGAAAAUCCCUCCCUUAGGAAGGGCUCCACACCACAGUCCAAGGGAAGGCGCAACCGGAAGGGGCGGGCCUCCCGCCGGACGCCGGACCUCCCGCCAUCAUGGUUUCUCCGGGAGUCGUUGGCAUUUUCCUCCUCUCUGCUCUCCCUCUCUUGUGUCUAGAGCUCCGGCGUGGGAUCCCCGAUCUAGGAAUUAAAGAUCUAAUUUUGCUGUGUGGCCGGAUUUUCUUACUGCUUGCUCUUCUUACUUUAAUUAUUUCUGUGACUACCUCAUGGUUUAAUUCAUUUAAAUCUUCCCAAGUGUAUCUUAAAGAAGAAGAAGAGAAGAAUGAAAAAAAGCAAAAACUUGUCAGGAAAAAACAACAGGAGGCACAGGGCGAAAAGGUCAGCAGAUACAUAGAGAAUGUUCUAAAACCUCACCAGGAGAUGAAAUUGAGAAAACUGAAAGAGCGCUUUUAUCAGAUGACGGGUGAAACCUGGAAGUUAAGCAAUGGUCACAAACUUGGGGGUGAUGAAGAGUUGGUGCUUGAAAAUGGGAGUCAGACAUCUUUUGAAACCUCAGAUAGCAGAGAAGCAGCAAAGAGACGGAACUUGCCUAAGCCUUUAACCAAAAUUUCACCAUCUGCUGAACAGCCCACGCAGAAGAAGGUUCUUGAUCUACCUGAAGAACCUCCUGAAACAGCUGAAGAAGUAGUUGCUAUUGCUCUCCGAUGUCCAAGUGGGAAGGUCCUGAGAAGAAGGUUUUUUAAGUCUUGCAGUUCACAGGUCUUAUUUCACUGGAUGAUGAAAAUCGGGUACCACACAUCCAUAUACAGCCUUUCUACUUCCUUUCCCAGAAGGCCUCUGGAAGUGCAGGAAGGCUGGUCCCUGCAGGACAUAGGAAUAACUGUGGAUACUGUACUCAACGUGGAAGAGAAAGACCAGAGCAACUAAUUAGGAAAUGAGAAUGACCUGCUCUACCUAAAAUCAGUUAUGCCAUGAUCUUACAGGACAAUAAAGGAUUCACGUUAAAAUCAUGCCAUACCUUGACUGAGUUCAAGGCAGUAAACACUUUAAUGUUGAUAUCCUUGGGAACGUAUGGACACAAAGGAUUAGAAAAGGAUUGCUCUCUGUAGAUAAUAGUUUUUGGAAUGUGCCGUCAUAAUGUACCACCUAAACACUAGAUAAAAAUGUAUACAGUAAGGCACUCCAUGAGUUGUAUUUUUCCUAGCUGACAUCAUUUAUCACUAUGUUGAAAAACAAAAUCAUAUGACUUUGUUUUCUGCCUCUUCAGUCCACCUUGCCAUACUGAAGUUUUCACAAUUCAGUCAAAACUCUUUAAAAUCCAUUAAGUAGAAAUGUUUGUUUUGCUGUAUUUCCAGAAAUGAAACUAAACAUUUCAAAGGUCUUUAAUGCUUUACAGUUCUUUUUGAUAUCCAGUAAAGGGUUAGUACCCAAAAUAUAUAAAGAACUUAUAAACUCAAAUCCCAAAAAACAGAUUAUCCAAUUAAAAAUGGGCAGAAGAUAUGAACUGAUGUUUCUCCAAAGAAGACACACAGAGGACCAACAGACAC